AUGGCACGCCCUCGCAAUCAAUCCGACGAUGCGAUCCGGCCGGUGGCAUCGCACUUCUACACAUUGAGAAGCAGAGAGGUUGCGGGGGUCGGAAGUAUUCGUGCUCAGAACUCGAGAAGGCGUGUGAGAAAUGAGGAAGAUACAGAGUCGCUCAAAAUCCAGGACCGAGAUCUCAAGAGGAAGCAGACCUUUACAGGAAUCAAGCUGCUAUGGCUGGCAUAUCAAUCCACCGGAGUCAUCUACGGCGAUAUCGGCACAAGUCCCCUCUAUGUCUACUCCUCGACUUUCACAGACGACCCUUCUUAUGACGACCUGCUUGGAGCCCUGUCUCUGAUCAUUUGGUCCCUCACUAUCAUGGUCAGCAUCAAAUACUGCCUGAUUGUUCUUUCUGCAGACGAUGAAGGCGAAGGGGGGACAUUCGCCCUCUUCUCCCUUUUGUCGAGGUAUGCAAACAUCGUCAGACGUGAUCCUCGAGAGGAGCAGUUGGUCAAAAUAGAACGUCACACUGCUAGUGACUUAGGACGAUCGGCACAGAAAACACGAGGCCUAAUGGAACGAUCUCGAACGACGCAAUGGCUGCUGAAUAUUCUAGGCGUCUUUGGCGUCGCUCUCGUCAUGUCUGAUGGUGUCCUUACACCGGCGCAAUCGGUCCUCGGGGCUAUUCAAGGGAUAGAGGUUGUUCACCCUACUAUAUCACAGAGCACCAUCAUCGGCUCAUCGUGCGGUAUUCUUGUUAUCCUUUUUCUGGUUCAGCCAUUUGGCAUAACGAAGCUCGCAAGUACAUUCGCCCCUAUUGUUAUUAUCUGGCUACUACUCAAUGCCGCAUUCGGCAUAUACAACCUGGCUCGGCACGACUCGUCAGUUCUCAAGGCGUUUUCACCUUACUUCGCUGGAGCCUACUUGGUCCGGAACAAGACUGACGGCUGGAAAAGUCUGGGAGGUAUUCUUCUGGCAUUUACCGGCUGUGAAGCCCUGUUCGCCGACUUGGGGGCUUUUACUCAACGCGCCAUUCAGCUCUCCUGGCUUACAUUUGCCUUCCCGUGCCUGUUGCUCGGUUAUAUUGGCCAAGCAGCAUAUAUCUCUGACGACCCGUCUGCGUGGUCAAAUCCGUUCUACAACACAGUCCCACCGGGGUGUUUCUGGCCGUCGCUGAUUAUCGCGAUUUUGGCAGCAGUCGUUGCAAGUCAAGCAAUAAUCACAGCGGUCUUUCAGCUACUCACCCAAAUUAUGAAGUUAAGCUACUUUCCCCAAAUCAAGGUGGUGCAUACCUCGAGGAUCUUCUACGGGCAAGUCUACAUUCCUAUCGCGAAUUGGCUGCUCAUGGUCGGUACUGUCAUCGUGACGGGAGUCUAUACCAAUACCACGAACUUGGGCCAUGCUUAUGGUGUCUGCGUGAUCUUGGUGACCAUGUUGACAACCUGCAUGGUCGCAAUAGUCGCGUUGAUUGUCUGGCGUGUCCCAGCUUACCUUGUGCUGCCUGUUUGGCUCAUCUUCGCACUCUUUGAUGGUACCUUCCUCUCGUCGGCCGUAACAAAAGUACCCGAAGGUGCAUGGUUCACACUGGCUCUGGCAAUGGUUCUCACUUCCACUUUUCUGCUCUGGCGAUACGGCAAGGAACAGCAAUGGCGCGCCGAAGCAUCAGAUCGCUUCCCACCAAGUCAUUUGAUCCAGGCCACUGCGACCCCUGUUGCGGACAGCACCAACAUUUAUACCCGGAAGCUGAAGCUUUCGCCUGCAUUUGGUGGCAAGGAAAUUAGGCGCAUCGAAGGCAUGGGGAUUUUCUUUGACAAGUCUGGCUUACCCUCCAGUACGCCGACGGUGUUCAUCCACUUUUUGCAGAAAUUUCAUGCCGCGAACGAUGUCAUUGUCUUCUUCCACUUGCGGCCCUUGCAGAUUCCCACUGUGCCGCCCGACGAGAGAUAUGCUGUGUCGCGGUGUUAUAUCGGGGACGACGAUGGAAACAGCAAGCGGGUCAUGCCCGAUACGUAUCGCAUCAUGAUCCGGCACGGGUAUAAUGACGAAGUCGUGACAAACGAUUUGGGAGGGUUGCUCUACGAGCAGAUCCGCAACUUUCUCGUCCGCGAAUGUUUCGGGAUCAUUUCGAGCGCAGAUGCAGAUUUAAUCAAUGGAGUCGCAAAGGAAAGGGAUCUUGUCUACUCUUCUACCGAAGUGACCAUCCCUUCCUCCGCACCUGAAUCCGGACGCCCUUCUUCAGAGAAUCUCGAGCUCGCUCACAGGCUUGCUGGACUGCAACGAGCGUACGAGAGCCAAGUGGUCUACGUCGUGGGCAAGGAACAAAUGCGUGUGAGAAAGGGCAAACCGACGCCAGGGUAUAUCUUGCGAAGAGGAUUGUUGGAAAUAUUUUUGUGGCUUCGAGAAAAUACGCGCACGAAAGUUCAGGCUCUGAAUGUGCCAGUGGAGAAAGUCGUUGAGGUAGGAUUCGUCAAGGAGGUGUGA